GAGAGCUAGCAGCAGCAGCAAGCGAACCAACGACUCCUCCGGUUGCUCGUCGGAGCAAGGAAAGGCAACGCAGCAUGUGCAACGUCAUCACGAUCCCGUCGGUCGCCUGGCUGCGCCGCGCCGUGCGUCGGUGGCGGGCCCGCCGCUCCACCUCCGCCCCGGUGUUGGCGGGGCACGUCGCGCUCUGCGCGGAGGGCGUGCGGUUCAUGGUGCGGCUGGCGCACCUGAGCCAUCCGGCGUUCCUUGAGCUGAUCCGGCAGGCGGAAGAGGAGUACGGCUUCCCGUCCGGCGCCUCCGGCCCCGUCGCGCUCCCCUGCGGCGAGGACCGCCUCCGCGACGUCCUCCGCCGCGUCUCUUCCUCGUCCCACUCCGAGGAGCCGCGCCGCUCCUCCUUCUGCCGCCGCCGCGGCGACUCGCGGCCGCUGCUUCAGGGGGUGGCCUUCCCGUGACCGCGCGCGCCGCGGCACCGAACGAUCGGGCGACGGAGCACACCCAUCAGUUUCUGCCGCGCGCAACGGCAGCGACUGGUGACAGGCACGGUCCCUCGGACGGGUACGCACAGCAAGCGCCGAAACUGAUCCGAAGGGCCGGCGUGCUCCUCUGCACUGCACGAUGCCGGCGAUCAGACACGCGCGUACUGGAGCUGGGUAGUAUACUAUGUGAUGG